AACCCUGCGGGGUACCGGAGCUCGAUCGAUCAGAGGCGCCUUCUCAACAAGCUGGAAAAUUGAAUCUGCUCGGAGACGGAUUGAUGUCCUCUCCUGCAGGUGGAUUGACAGCGGUGCCAAUUGCACGAGGAAAAGUGGUGGCCUGGUGAAAGAAUGUGGGGAAAUGCGAGCAGGUGAAUUGAGGAGCACGGCAAUGCGACUCGUGCGGAAUUGAAAGUGGAGGGAUGGAAUCACAGGUCGGAAAGAGGAGAAGAGUGGAGAAAGGACGGAAGCAGAAGAAGAAGAAAGCGAAGGUCGAUGGGGUUGUGGGUGGUAGCACAGCUGGAACAGAGAGGAUUCAAAAUGCGCGCAAAACUCGUCGAGAUGAGGAGUUGCACAGUAGUGAGGAUGAAGCCGAUGAGGUAGAUGCUCGGAGAACUACUUUUGAUGACGAGGAAGAUGAAGCAGACGCUGAGACAGCUCAGGAGAAGAGGUUGAGAGUAGCACAGGCUUAUCUGAAUAAAAUCAGGGACUUUGCCAAAGAUGAAUCUGAGGAAGACGAGGAUGCCGAGGAGAAAGAAGAAGCGAAGAGAGGUGCUAGAGAUUCUCUCGUCGCCGAUUUACUCCAGCAACGGCAACUGGAGGAAAGUGGACGUGUGCAGCGCAAGCUUGCCGCAAGAGUUACCGACUCACUCCCUGUGGAGAAGGGCCAAGUCGUUAGUCGAAGACACAGACAGUCUGUGACAGCGGUUUGUAUAACGGAGGAUGAUACAAGGGGAUUUUCAGCCUCCAAGGAUGGCAUGAUAGUGCACUGGGAUAUUGAGAAAGGACAGAGUGAAAAAUAUGAAUGGCCUACCGUUGAGCCCUCGACUUCUGGUAGUGGUGGUGGAAAAUCCUCGACAUUGAAGAAGGGUGGAAGCAAGCAUAUUCUAGCUCUGGCAGUUAGUUCCGAUGGUAGAUAUUUAGCAGCAGGAGGUUUGGGCCGAAUUAUCCAACUGUGGGAUACGAGAACGAGGAAACACAUAGUGACAUUCCCUGGCCAUAAAGGCGCAAUUUCUAGUCUGGCCUUCAGACAAGGGACUCAGCAGCUAAUGUCAGGCUCGUACGAUCGAUCGAUCAAGCUGUGGAGCGUGGACGAUAGAUCGUACAUAGAUACUCUGUACGGCCAUCAGAGUGAAGUCCUUUCAAUCGAUUGCUUGCGUCAAGAACGUGUCCUUUCUGCGGGUCGGGAUCGCACUCUCAGAUUAUGGAAGGUCCCAGAAGAAACUCAGCUCGUAUUCAGAGGCCAUGCUGCAUCAAUAGAAUGCUGCUGUUUUAUAUCAAACUCAGAGUUUUUUUCAGGAUCCGAUGAUGGUAGUGUGGCACUGUGGAACACCAUAAAAAAGAAGCCCGUUUUUGUUGCGAAGAACGCUCAUGGAUCUUUAGCAGGGGAGGCGAAUCCGGAAGGAUCAUCGGAGUCGGAAGAUGAGCCAACCUCGAACGGCCAUGUUAAUGGAGUAGCAGAGAAGAUUACGGAGAAUGGCACAGAAUCUACUGUUGUGGGAGGAUCGGCUACAGCGUGGGUCGGAGCGGUGGCAUCGUGUAGAGGAAGCGAUCUAGUCGCAAGUGGUGCUGGCGAUGGUUUUGUCAGACUUUGGGCGCUAGAGGAAGCUAACAGGUCUUUGAAACCUGUCCACAGCAUUCCAGUGAAAGGCUUCGUCAACGCUCUUGCAUUUGCUCACAGUGGCCGUUUCUUACUCGCCGGAGUUGGGCAGGAGCCUCGGUUGGGAAGGUGGGGGCGGAUUCCCGGCGUUCGUAAUGGGAUAGUGCAGCACAACCUUUAUUCAGCUUAGUAGAUUUCCCUAACGUCCAGUUUCUACUGGACGGUCCAAUUUUGCAUGUAGGUCAAGGAGAAGCCAUGAGGUGGCCUCGAGUAUGAGCUAUUCAUUCUUUACCAUUCAUCAGGUUUUAUUCUGAGUUGUAACACUUUUACCGUCCUCAUAGCGCAUUUCUAUGGUGUAAAGCGUGGCUCGUGGGGUGCGUUUGUGCCUGUUAGAAUCUAGGUUUGACGUCUUCCAGUUAUGAUUGAGGAAUUGAAGUCAGGUACAUCAACACGUACUGUACUAUCCUCGAUAAACAACUAGAAUCUUUGUCAAAUCUUCCGAGUCAUAAUUGUAAAGCACGUACAGAUUCGAGCAAUUGUAAACCAGGCAAAAGAUGUGUCUGGUGGCCUGUCUGCUAACCAGGAUAGUAGAUACAGGAAUUUGAAGUGUCGAGGGACGCCAAGGCCAUACAUCUAGAAACGUUGCAGUCUAAUUUUUUUUCACAUGAGUGCUUUUUUGCUUGUACUUGAUCGUCAUAUCCAAAUCACGUCACCACGGUAAUGUGAACGA